AUGGGUAACGAGGCCUCCACCACGGGUGGACCCAAGGUGGGCUACCACGUACUAAAGCUCCUGCCCACGAGCGCCGCGUUGACCAUGAUGGCCCUUUACUGGAGCGGCCAGGGCCUCGGCUACGCACUCAACAUCAUUCCCAACCACGACACCUACGAGACGCACUCGCUCGUGAGCGUCCCCUCGAACGGCCUGCGCGACUGGGGCGAGCAGCAGCUGCUCGGCAGCGGCAACCACACCACCGACGGCGGCCUGUGGAGCACCAUCGUGGCCACGCUCUGGGGCGGCAUGAACUUCCAGAUCGAGCACCACCUCUUCCCCUCCGUCUCGCACGUGCAUUACCCGGCCAUCUCCAAGAUCGUCCGCGAGACGUGCGCCGAGUUCAACUUGCCCUACACCACCCACUCGUGGUUCCACGCCAUCCGCUCCUUCGGCAAGAUGCUCGUCGCCCUCUCUCUGCGCUCCUCCUACCGUCCCUCCGAUGCGCCGCCGCCCAAGCAGCGCAAGCAGGACUAA